AUGGAAGACGCGUGGGCAGCUGGGCUUGAAGCCCAAAAGACGAUUCUUCGAGAAGCAGAGAGGCGGAAGGGAGAAAAGCCCAACGACCUCAAGUCUCGCGAAGAGAGUCUUCGGUGGUUCUCGAAGAGCGUGAGGGAUGCCAUAUUUGGGGAAGACACAUGGCAUCCCUUGGUGAGACUCUCGUUCCUGACACCUACCUAUCCGCCAUGCACCACCCCCCUCGCCCAGCUUGAGCCCAUCACCAUCGAAGAUCUUGGACUAGAAACCCAUCAUCGAGGAAGAUACAUCGCUCUCCGCGCAAUCACCCCACCCCUUCAGAAAGACACGGUGGUUGCUAUUGCUGAGGACGUACUCGAUCGUGUUACGAUCCUUCAGCUCUGCCUCCAAGAGGAGGAAGGUGUUCGCACGGCGGGUGAUAUCAUCAACGUAGGCACUGUCGUUUUGGUGAAGGAACCCUUCUUCAAAAUCACCGAGACUGGUGAUUAUGCUUUGCGCGUGGACCACCCCUCCGACCUCAUCUAUGCCAGCGAACUCAACGAGUUAUACCCUCGUGAGUGGCGACAAGACGUCCCAACGGAUGCAAAGAUGUACAAGGUGGCUGGUGACUUGGCCAUGGGAAACAACAAGUAUUGGAAGGCGAUCGAAGCCUACACAAACGCCCUUGUCUCCUCCACUGAUCCAGAUGCUAUUGCAAUCAUUAAGCGCAAUAGGUCACUGGCGUACCUCAAAACCCAUCAAUUUGAUGCCGCACUUCUAGAUUCGGGCUACCCCAAUUUUGGUCCAAAGCCAUCUGAGAAGGCGUUGUUCCGGGCAGGUGAAGCCCUCUACUCACUACAGCGGUUCGAAGAAUGCCGCCAAGUCCUCGAAACUCUACACACGGAAUAUCCUCAGAACCCUUUGGCAAAACCUAAGCUUGAGCGUGCUCAGAACCGCUACGUAGAGAUGGAUACCGGUGUUUAUAAUUUCAAAGCCAUGCAAAGGGACGUCCAUGACCACAAUGCGCCGGAUCUUGACUAUGCCACCUACAUUGGACCCGUCGAGAUCAGAGAAUCCAUCGGUAAAGGCCGUGGUCUUUUCUUAACAGAAUAUGUGAAGGCUGGAGCGUUGAUCCUUUGUGAGAAAGCGUUCGCUCGCGCUCACGUCCCACAGACGCCAGAGCCCGGUUCGAUCACUACUAUGCUUAUAGAUCCAUUUAAGGAUAUUCGCCACGUUCAUGGCCAAGCCGAGCUUCAGCAGAUGGUUACGCAAAAAAUCUACACCAACCCAUCACUUGCUUCUCGAUUCACCACGUUGCAUUGCGGCACGUACGAGACAGUGAACGAAUCUGUCGUCGACGAGACGCCAGUAGUUGAUGCAUUUCUCGCGCAUGCAAUUACCUGGUUGAAUAUGUUCGCAUGCCCAAUCUCUAGCUUGCACUCACACCGACAAGACAUGGAAGAGGAAACCCGGCAAGGUCCAACCCCUUUGUCUAUCCUACAUGGCAGACACUCAGUCGGCAUCUGGACUCACGCGUCAUACCUCAACCACUCAUGUACCAGCAAUACUCGCCGCUCUUUCAUUGGCGACAUGAUGAUUGUAAGGGCGACCCGUGACUUGGACGCUGGCACCGAACUCUCUUUCUGGUAUCAGGUUCCUGACUUCCAGCUUUCGCCCACCCGGGGAAGUCAGCAAGAAAGACUGCAGAGCUGGGGAUUCACUUGCACGUGCGCCAUCUGCCAGGACGAAAACCACACGACCACCGCUACCCUAGAAGAGAGAAUGAGGAUCAUUGUCGGACUGAAGCGGGCAUAUUUCGCACCUACAGAAGACAAGACCAAGACUCAAAUCAUCAAACGACAACUGAAAGCGCUGAACGCAACCUAUACCCAACCCGCUGAAGAUGUUCCUCGUCUCUUGGUAUGGCAAUCCCAGCUCGAGCUGGCACAACUGUAUAUCAAGCGACAGAAGCCCGAAAAGGCGUUGAACGCAGCGCGGGAGUUCUUCACGUCUCUCGGAUACCGUGUCGUUGGCUUGGAUGCGACUACGUCCCGCUUCGAGAUACUGAGAUGGGGCCUGUUCCAGGACCGCUCGAUUCAGGCGUUCUUUGUGAUAUACAAUGCCUUCCUCGAAUUGCAAGAUUGGCAGAACGCAAAAGUUGCGGCUAAGUACGCCAUGACCGCUGUCAAAGUCGUUGUUGGCGAGGACGAUUCGCUUGGACUUUAA